AUGACUGCAAAUUUAGGACCUCCUUUCAGAGGGCCGGCCCUUAUCAUCAAACAUGUGUUUGAACCAAUAGCCACCGGUCUAAUUCUCGGCUUGCUGUUAUACACACCGGAAUGUCAUGGCUGGAGCUGGAACUCUGAAAUUGCAGUCGUUAUCGGAGGAUGCAGUGGAAUCGGAAAGGCUGUAGCAGUGCUCGACACACAAGACGCACUUCAACACGAAAAUCCUCUCGCAUUGGCGACUAGUUCAGCAGUUCAUGCCAGACAUGGUGGCGAAGAACAAAGGCCACAUCGCGACGGUGGCGAGCGUCGACUCGUUCCUAACGAACUCGGCCAAUGCAGACUAAGUAGCGACUAA